CGUCAAGGUGCCGGCUGUGAAGGGGCUUAGUGUGAGCCGAGCGAGCGGCCGAGGCGGGCUCGGAGAAGUAGGAUGCGGGCGGCUAACGGGUUCUGGGCGGCGCUGGCCUUGAUCCUGCUCCCCGGAGACAGCAACGCUCUGCGAGAGGGAGACUGCGAAGUAUGUGUGUCAUUCCUGGGAACUUUCUAUCAGGCUCUACAAGAGAAUAAUGUUGAGUUCACACCGAACAGUAUUGAAAAAGAACUUUUGAAAUUCUGCAAAGAGGCAAAAGGCAAAGAAAACCGUUUUUGUUAUUACAUUGGAGCAACCAGUGAUGCAGCCACCAAAAUAAUUAAUGAGGUAUCAAAACCUCUAAGUCAUCAUAUCCCUGUUGAGAAGAUUUGUGAGAAGCUGAAAAAGAAAGAUAGUCAGAUCUGUGAACUGAAAUAUGAUAAACAGAUUGACCUGAGCACUGUGGACCUGAAGAAGUUGAGAGUCAAAGAACUGAAAAAAAUUCUAGAUGACUGGGGUGAAACAUGCAAGGGCUGUGCAGAAAAAUCAGAUUACAUUCGUAAAAUCAAUGAACUGAUGCCUAAAUAUGCACCAAAAGCAGCCAGUUCGCGGACAGAUCUCUGACCACCAUAGUGACCUCUAUCAAUUAGCGAGAUACACACAAACUAUGUUAAUCUUUCUAUUUUCUUUCCUGGAAAGCUGUUUUUUGUAACUUAUUUAACUGGGUUUCAAGUGUCAAAUUGGAGGGAUUCUUGCAAUGCUGGUUCAGCUGCCUUGUCAUGUCUCAAGUUUUUAUUUCUAUUAUCUCUGAUUUAUUAUAAGACUUUGACAUGCAUAUGGGAUUUUUGAAUAAAAGUUAUGAAACCUAGUGUCAGUUGAACUAAGAAUUGGCAUUAGUUUAAUGUCAAGACUGAAUGUUGCACUUUUCCAGCACUACCUGAGUAACAGACAUAAUGGUUUGAAGAUGAUCUAUGAGAAAGUAUAGCUUGAGUUUGCUGUUAUGACUGUCUUUCUACACUCCAUCCUUUUAAAUGCUGAACACUAUUAUUACAUAUCCAGAUGAAAUAUUUUAAGUGCUAGUCUUGCACAUCUUUGACAGGAGUUAAUCUCUUUGAGUAAGACAGACAUUCAUUCUGUCUGUUUCCACUGCCAAUGCAGAUGACAAUCCUUUCUUAUUCAACUACAAAUAUGCACUGGCAGAAGGGGAAGAUAACUUACAUUCACUUUUUUUUAAAAAAGAAUGAGUACUAGUUUCAUAUGAUGCCCAUACUAUAAACUUAAAGCAACCUGUGUUGUGCUGGCUGUCAGUGGUGUUCUGGGUGUAGGCAUUGCAGAUGGCAUCAACUUGAGCUUUCUCUGCUCAGGAUGGAAUUAAAACUGCAUGUGACUCCCUUUUGAGAAAAAUAUGGCUGUAAACUAGAAAUUUUUUUAUUUUUGACCAAUGUAAACGUGAAGGCAUUGAGGUGUUAAUGAAUUACAAAAAAGAGACAAUUGUUCAGAAUUGUUAGUUUUGUUCAGGGAAGUCCCUCAGGGCUUUAAAUAUAUACGUGAACUGUAUUCUGAUUCCCUUGUUUGAUGUAUGCUCAUUUGAAUAGAUUUGGCAGGGAGCAGCCAUUGGACAGGAAGUUUUGCAGAAUGUUAUGUUACCAGAAAUUACAAUCAUAUGGGGAAAAAAUGGAGGAAGGAACCCCUACAGGGAAAAACAAAGUGUGCCCUUAAUUAAUAAAUAUACUUUGAAAUAAUAAAUAUUGUAAAAUAGG